AUGUCGCGUGCGCUAUCCAAGACACUACGAGUGUCUUCACGACUUACACCACGACCUUCCUCACCCUUAACAAUACCGCGCAUCAUACUGUCCGCCACACAAGCACGAUGGAGUUCGCAUUCCCCGCUGGGCACACCGCCCACAAACGCACGCAAACCCGUCACUCUCAACACCCUGCAGGCACUCUACCGCAAGGGCGAGCCCAUCACCAUGGUCACAGCUCAUGACUUCCCCAGCGCACAUGUCGCCGACCACGCCGGCAUGGACAUGAUACUCGUUGGCGACAGCCUCGCCAUGGUCGCCCUCGGUAUGGAAGACACAAGUGAAGUCCUAAUGGAAGAAAUGCUUCUGCAUUGUAAAUCUGUCGCGCGCGCCACAAAAGCCGCUUUUACUGUCGGCGACCUUCCAAUGGGCACCUACGAAAUCUCCCCCACCCAAGCCCUCCAAUCCGCAAUCACCAUGAUCAAAACCGGCCGCGUCAAAUCCGUAAAACUAGAAGGCGGCGCCGAAAUGGCCCCUACCAUCGCUAAAAUAACCUCCGCUGGCAUCCCCGUCCUCGCCCACAUCGGCCUAACCCCCCAACGCCAAAACGCCCUCGGUGGCUUCCGCGUCCAGGGCAAAACCACUGCCUCAGCACUCAACCUACUCGCAGAUGCACUCGCCGUCCAAGACGCUGGCGCCUUCGCAGUCGUGCUCGAAGCCGUACCCGCGCAAGUUGCAGACCUCGUCACGCGACAGCUGCGCAUCCCGACCAUUGGAAUUGGAGCCGGUAACAAGUGUUCAGGCCAAGUCCUUGUGCAAGUUGACAUGCUAGGUAACUUUCCCCCAGGCCGCUUCCUGCCCAAGUUCGUGAAGCAGUAUGGCAAUGUGUGGGGCGAGGCGCUGGGGGCCCUAGAGAGGUACAAGGACGAGGUCAAGACUAGGGUGUAUCCAGAGGAGAAACAUACGUAUCCCAUGUCGCAGGAAGCAUUUGAAGAGUUUGAAAAGGUGGUGGAGGAUGAGAGGGAGAAGGUGGAUUUGUUGUGA